AUGACAAGCCUCAGAACCUUACUCGUCGGCAUACUCGCUUGUGUCAUCGACGCCUCUGCGAUCGAUAAGCAAUCCGUCAUUCUUGGUGAUCUUCAUGCUGUCGUCGCAUGUCCUAGCGGAGGUCUCUCGCGCUUCACGAGCUGCCACACAUACCCAGAACUUGCCUGCAUCAACGGCCUCGUACAGCGCACCAGCGAACAAGCGGAACGCGUGGGUGUACCUACAGUCGUACAUUGCUCUGACUAUCGCACGCCAAUGCAUUGCGAUACCGCACCUUCAGGCCGCUGCCCUGUCUACACAUGA